GCGCCUCUGGCGCUACGGGCUGGGCAAGAUGGCGGCUUUCGGGAUCUUGAGCUACGAACACCGGCCGCUGAAGCGGCCGCGGCUGGGGCCUCCCGAUGUGUACCCUCAAGAUCCCAAACAGAAGGAGGAUGAGCUGACAGCUUUGAAUGUCAAACAAGGUUUCAAUAAUCAGCCUGCUGUCUCUGGUGAUGAACAUGGUAGUGCCAAGAACGUCAACUUCAAUCCUGCCAAGAUCAGUUCCAACUUCAGCAGCAUCAUUGCAGAGAAGUUGCGUUGUAACACCCUGCCUGACACUGGUCGAAGGAAGUCCCAAGUGAACCAAAAGGACAACUUCUGGCUGGUGACUGCACGAUCCCAGAGUGCCAUUAACACCUGGUUUACUGACCUGGCUGGCACUAAGCCACUCACACAACUAGCUAAAAAGGUCCCAAUUUUCAGUAAGAAAGAAGAAGUGUUUGGAUACUUAGCCAAAUACACAGUACCUGUGAUGCGGGCUGCCUGGCUCAUUAAGAUGACCUGUGCCUACUAUGCAGCAAUCAAUGAGACCAAGGUUAAGAAACGAAAUAUCGUUGACCCCUUCACGGAAUGGACUCAGAUCAUCACUAAGUAUCUAUGGGAACAGCUCCAGAAGAUGUCUGAAUACUAUCGGCCAGGGCCUUCAGGAAGUAGCAGCUGUGCUUCCACUAUUGGACCUUUGCCCCAUGAUGUAGAGGUGGCAAUCCGGCAGUGGGAUUACAAUGAAAAGCUGGCCAUGUUCAUGUUUCAGGAUGGAAUGCUGGACAGGCAUGAGUUCCUCACCUGGGUACUGGAGUGUUUUGAGAAACUUCGCCCCGGGGAAGAUGAAUUGCUUAAACUGCUAUUGCCCCUACUACUUCGGUACUCUGGGGAAUUUGUUCAGUCUGCAUACCUCUCCCGCCGCCUUGCCUACUUUUGUACCCGGAGACUGGCCUUGCAACUGGAUGGCAUGAGCAGCCACUCAUCUCAUGUUAUGUCUGCCCAGUCAACGAGCACGCUGCCUACCACCCCAGCUCCUCAGCCCCCAGCCACCAGCACACCGUCUACACCCUUUAGUGACCUCCUUAUGUGCCCUCAGCACCGGCCUCUGGUUUUUGGCCUCAGCUGUAUCCUCCAAACCAUUCUCCUCUGUUGUCCUAGUGCCCUGGUUUGGCACUAUUCACUGACGGAUAGCCGAAUUAAGACUGGCUCACCGCUUGAUCACCUGCCUAUUGCCCCUUCCAACCUGCCCAUGCCUGAAGGCAAUAGUGCGUUCACUCAGCAGGUCCGUGCAAAAUUGCGGGAGAUUGAGCAGCAGAUCAAGGAGCGAGGACAGGCAGUUGAAGUCCGCUGGUCUUUCGAUAAGUGCCAGGAAGCCACUGCAGGCUUUACCAUUGGCCGGGUGCUUCACACUUUGGAAGUGCUGGACAGCCACAGUUUUGAGCGCUCUGACUUCAGCAACUCUCUUGACUCUCUUUGUAACCGAAUUUUUGGAUUGGGACCUAGUAAAGAUGGGCAUGAGAUCUCCUCAGAUGAUGAUGCCGUGGUGUCGCUACUUUGUGAAUGGGCCGUCAGCUGCAAGCGUUCUGGUCGGCAUCGUGCUAUGGUGGUAGCCAAGCUCCUGGAGAAGAGACAGGCGGAGAUUGAAGCCGAGCGUUGUGGAGAAUCAGAAGCCGCAGAUGAAAAGGGUUCCAUCGCCUCUGGCUCCCUCGCUGCUCCUAGUGCUCCGAUUUUCCAGGAGGUCCUCUUGCAGUUUCUGGAUACGCAAGCACCCAUGCUGACGGACCCCCGAAGUGAGAGUGAGCGGGUUGAAUUCUUUAACUUGGUACUGUUAUUCUGUGAACUCAUCCGACACGAUGUAUUCUCCCACAACAUGUAUACUUGUACCCUCAUCUCCCGAGGGGAUCUUGCCUUUGGAGCCCCUGGUCCCCGGCCUCCCUCUCCCUUUGAUGACCCUGCUGAUGAUCCAGAGCGGAAGGAGGCUGAGGGCAGCAGCAGUAGCAAGCUUGAGGAUCCAGGGCUCUCUGAAUCUAUGGACAUUGACCCUAGUUCCAGUGUGCUCUUUGAAGACAUGGAGAAGCCUGACUUCUCAUUGUUCUCCCCUACUAUGCCUUGUGAAGGGAAGGGUAGCCCAUCCCCAGAGAAACCAGAUGUUGACAAGGAAGUGAAGCCCCAUCCCAAGGAGAAGAUAGAAGGAACCCUGGGCAUUCUUUACGACCAGCCACGACAUGUGCAGUAUGCCACACACUUUCCCAUUCCCCAGGAGGAGUCUUGCAGCCAUGAGUGCAACCAGCGGUUGGUCGUACUAUUUGGGGUGGGAAAGCAGCGAGAUGAUGCCCGCCAUGCCAUCAAGAAAAUUACCAAGGAUAUCCUGAAGGUCCUGAACCGCAAGGGGACAGCAGAAACUGACCAGCUUGCUCCUAUUGUGCCUCUGAAUCCUGGAGACCUGACAUUCUUAGGUGGGGAGGAUGGGCAGAAGCGGAGGCGCAACCGACCUGAAGCCUUCCCCACUGCUGAAGAUAUCUUUGCUAAGUUCCAGCACCUUUCCCAUUAUGACCAACACCAGGUCACGGCUCAGGUCUCCCGGAAUGUUCUGGAGCAGAUCACAAGCUUCGCCCUUGGCAUGUCCUACCACUUGCCUUUGGUGCAGCAUGUGCAGUUCAUCUUCGAUCUCAUGGAGUACUCACUCAGCAUCAGUGGCCUCAUCGAUUUUGCCAUUCAGCUGCUGAAUGAACUGAGUGUAGUUGAGGCUGAGCUGCUUCUCAAAUCCUCGGAUCUGGUGGGCAGCUACACAACCAGCCUGUGCCUGUGCAUUGUGGCUGUCCUGCGGCACUAUCAUGCCUGCCUCAUCCUCAAUCAGGACCAGAUGGCACAAGUCUUUGAGGGGCUGUGCGGUGUAGUAAAGCACGGGAUGAACCGGUCAGAUGGCUCCUCUGCAGAACGCUGUAUCCUAGCAUAUCUCUAUGAUUUGUACACCUCAUGUAGCCACUUAAAGAGCAAAUUUGGGGAGCUCUUCAGUGACUUUUGCUCAAAGGUGAAAAACACCAUCUACUGCAACGUGGAGCCGUCAGAAUCAAAUAUGCGGUGGGCACCUGAGUUCAUGAUUGACACUCUGGAGAACCCUGCCGCCCACACCUUCACCUACACUGGUCUAGGCAAGAGUCUUAGUGAGAACCCUGCAAACCGCUACAGCUUUGUCUGUAAUGCCCUUAUGCACGUGUGUGUGGGGCACCACGAUCCUGAUAGGGUGAAUGACAUCGCAAUCCUGUGUGCAGAGCUGACCGGCUAUUGCAAGUCCUUGAGUGCUGAGUGGCUAGGAGUGCUGAAGGCCUUGUGCUGCUCCUCUAACAAUGGCACUUGUGGUUUCAACGACCUCCUCUGUAACGUAGAUGUCAGUGACCUGUCUUUUCAUGACUCCUUGGCUACUUUUGUGGCCAUCCUCAUUGCUCGACAGUGUUUGCUCUUAGAAGAUCUGAUUCGCUGUGCUGCCAUCCCGUCACUUCUUAAUGCUGCUUGUAGUGAACAGGACUCUGAGCCAGGAGCCCGGCUGACCUGCCGCAUCCUCCUCCAUCUGUUCAAGACACCACAACUCAACCCUUGCCAGUCUGAUGGAACUCCCUCCCCAGAUAAACCUACGGUAGGAAUCCGCUCCUCCUGUGAUCGCCACCUGCUGGCUGCCUCCCAGAACCGCAUCGUAGAUGGAGCUGUGUUUGCUGUUCUCAAGGCUGUGUUUGUACUUGGGGAUGCUGAGCUGAAGGGUUCCGGCUUUACUGUGACAGGUGGAACGGAAGAACUUCCAGAGGAGGAGGGAGGAGGUGGCGGUGGUGGUAGUCGAAGGCAGGGGUGCCGCAACAUCUCUGUGGAGACGGCCAGUCUGGAUGUCUAUGCCAAGUAUGUGCUGCGCAGCAUCUGCCAGCAGUCCCCUGAUUAUCAGCUUCCUCAGGAAUGGGUAGGAGAACGUUGCCUUAAGUCGCUGUGUGAGGACAGCAAUGACCUACAGGACCCGGUGUUGAGUAGUGCCCAGGCCCAGCGCCUCAUGCAGCUCAUCUGCUACCCACAUCGAUUGCUGGACAAUGAGGAUGGGGAAAACCCCCAGCGCCAACGCAUUAAGCGUAUUCUCCAGAACCUGGACCAGUGGACCAUGCGCCAGUCUUCCUUGGAGCUGCAGCUUAUGAUCAAGCAGACCCCUAACAAUGAGAUGAACUCGCUCUUAGAGAACAUUGCCAAAGCUACAAUUGAGGUUUUCCAACAGUCAGCAGAAACAGGGUCAUCUUCGGGAAGUGCCGCAAGCAACAUGUCCAGCAGCAGCAAGAGCAAGCCUGUGCUCAGUUCCCUGGAACGCUCUGGUGUUUGGCUGGUGGCUCCCCUCAUUGCUAAAUUGCCCACCUCAGUCCAGGGGCAUGUGUUGAAGGCUGCGGGGGAAGAAUUGGAGAAGGGUCAGCACCUGGGUUCUUCUUCCCGCAAAGAACGGGAUCGGCAAAAGCAAAAGAGCAUGUCCUUAUUGAGCCAGCAGCCCUUCUUAUCCCUGGUGCUGACUUGUCUAAAAGGACAGGAUGAGCAACGUGAAGGACUCCUUACCUCCCUCUACAGCCAGGUGCACCAGAUUGUGAAUAAUUGGCGAGAUGACCAGUACUUAGAUGAUUGCAAACCAAAGCAGUUAAUGCAUGAGGCACUCAAACUGCGGCUCAACCUGGUAGGGGGCAUGUUUGACACAGUGCAGCGCAGCACCCAGCAGACAACAGAGUGGGCUGUCCUCCUGCUAGAGAUCAUCAUCAGUGGCACCGUCGACAUGCAGUCCAACAAUGAGCUCUUCACUACAGUAUUGGACAUGCUGAGUGUACUCAUCAAUGGGACACUGGCUGCUGACAUGUCUAGUAUCUCUCAAGGCAGCAUGGAGGAAAACAAACGUGCUUAUAUGAACCUGGUGAAGAAGCUGCAGAAGGAGUUGGGGGAACGCCAGUCGGACAGUCUGGAAAAGGUUCGCCAGCUGCUACCAUUGCCUAAGCAGACACGAGAUGUCAUCACAUGUGAGCCACAGGGCUCCCUUAUUGACACCAAGGGCAACAAGAUUGCUGGCUUUGAUUCCAUCUUCAAGAAAGAGGGUCUACAGGUUUCCACCAAACAAAAGCUCUCUCCCUGGGAUCUUUUUGAGGGAUUGAAGCCGUCAGCACCCCUCUCUUGGGGCUGGUUUGGAACGGUCCGGGUCGACCGGCGAGUUGCUCGAGGAGAAGAGCAGCAACGGCUGCUGCUCUAUCACACCCACUUGAGACCCCGACCCCGGGCCUAUUAUCUGGAGCCAUUGCCUCUGCCGCCAGAAGAUGAGGAACCCCCUGCUCCCACACUCUUGGAACCUGAGAAAAAGGCUCCAGAGCCCCCUAAAACUGACAAACCUGGCGCCGCUCCACCCACGACUGAGGAACGCAAGAAGAAAUCCACCAAAGGCAAGAAACGUAGCCAGCCAGCCCCCAAGACAGAGGACUAUGGCAUGGGCCCAUGUCGGAGUGGCCCCUAUGGUGUGGCAGUGCCCGCAGACCUCCUACAUCACCCCGCUUCUGGCUCUAUAUCCCAUCUUAGCUACAGGCAGGGUCCCAUAGGCCUGUAUACCCAAAACCAGCCACUUCCUGCAGGUGGCCCUCGGGUGGACCCAUACCGCCCUGUGCGAUUACCAAUGCAGAAGUUGCCAGCCCGACCAACUUACCCUGGAGUGCUGCCUACAGCCAUGCCUGGUGUCGUGGGAUUAGAUCCCUCUUAUAAGGCUUCCGUGUACCGACAGCAACAACCUACAGUGCCUCAAGGACAGCGCCUCCGCCAACAACUCCAGGCAAAGAUACAGAGUCAGGGGAUGUUGGGACAGUCAUCUGUCCAUCAGAUGACUCCCGGCUCUUCCUAUGGCUUGCAGACCUCCCAGGGCUACACUCCUUAUAGUUCUCAUGUGGGAUUACAACAACACGCAGGCCCCGCAGGUACCAUGGUGCCCCCCAGCUACUCCAGUCAGCCUUAUCAGAGCACCCAUCCUUCUACCAACCCUACUCUUGUAGAUCCUACUCGCCACCUGCAACAACGGCCCAGUGGCUAUGUGCACCAGCAGGCCCCAACCUAUGGACAUGGACUGGCCACUCAAAGAUUUUCACACCAGACACUGCAACAAACACCCAUGAUAGGUACCAUGGCUCCACUGAGUGCCCAGGGAGUCCAAGCAGGCGUCCGGUCAACUGCCAUCUUGCCUGAGCAGCAACAGCAGCAGCAGCAACAACAGCAGCAGCAGCAGCAGCAGCAACAGCAGCAGCAGCAGCAGCAGCAACAGCAGCAGCAGCAGCAGCCGCCACCACAGCAGCCGCCACAGCAGCAGCAGCCACAGCAGCAGCAGCCACAGCAACACCAGCAACAGCAGCAGACAGCCCCUCCCCAGCCCCAGCCCCAGCCCCAGUCCCAGCCCCAGUUCCAGCGCCAGGGCCUUCAGCAGACCCAGCAGCAGCAACAGACAGCAGCGUUGGUCAGGCAACUCCAACAACAGCUCUCCAAUACCCAGCCACAGCCCAAUACCAACAUAUUUGGACGCUUCUGAGCCACCUGGAGGAACUGCUUGUGCACGGGAUGUGGCCCUACCCUUUCCGCUUAAUUCCCAGUCUUUUUUUCCUCUUAAUUCCCAGUCCCCUUCCCAGGCUAGCACCCGUGGUGGUUGGGACCCUUCCCUCAGGUUCCAUUUUUAAUAAGUUUUAGUAUUUUUGUUAAUGUGAGGCAUUGAGCUGUUGGGUUUUGUAUAUUAUUUAUAUAGAGACCCCAGAGCUGUUGCACCCAAUACACAGAGCUGCUUUGCAAAGGAAGUGUGUGAGUCCUGCAUGUCUGGGAAGGGUGGGGUUUGGGGAGAGUGUUGGGGGCUAGACCAACAAGUCAGAGCCUCCCUUCUAUUCAGAUCAUCUCUGUUUAUCUACCUCCACCGUAGUUUCCUAACUCUUAAUUAGAUUGAUAUUCGCUCUCCUCUUCUCCAACCUGGCAACAUAUAGGCCCUUGGGUGUCAGCUAAAUGUGGCCACUUCUUUACAGUUUUACUCCAUGGGGGAAUAUUCCACUGAAGUUGGGGAGGGGGGCCACGGGGCCUGAAGAAGAACAAUGGAAUUUGAUUUUCCUUCAACACAACCCAAGUGCUGGUCCUUGAACAGGCUAAAAGGGGAUGGUGACGGACACUGCCUUACCCUUUUUGCCGUCCUGUAUGGUCCCCAUCCUACACCAAGCUACAUUUUUUUCAUAGGACAGUGAACGUCCCUGAGAGUCCCAUUUCUAGGAGGAAACAUGGCUCUCCAUUGGCAAGUGUCAUUAUGGAAUAGGUGCCGGGAGGGGGGUUAUGGUUCUAGGAGGAAGAAAGACCAGUUAAAAUUGGAAGUACCCUUUUCCCUCUCUGCCCUGUUGGCUGGAGCUGCUUGGUACACAUGACCCACUUGGGCAGUUACCCAAGGAUAAGGAUUGCUUACCCCCCAUUUUCCAGUAAGGAAAAUUCAAAACAAUUUCUCCAAAGUUGUAUUUGGAGCUGUGGUAGAGCCAUUCUCAGUCUCCUGUGUCUUGAGGUUUUGAGUCCUAGACCCAAGGCUAUGCAGUAUCCAACUGGUUUACUGUAAGGGGAUCUUCUGACAGCUAUGUGGGCAGGUAGGUGGUACAGGAUUAUUUAACAAAUUAAGGAUAAUGUCUGAACCUAGUUGAGCACUCUAUCAUUGGCAAGGGUGCUGCUCAAACCAAGACCACCAGUUAGUACCCAAGUUAUAAAGAAUACAAAAUAAAAUCGAUCUCUCUUGAGCUUCUCCAAGCCCUCCUAUGAGGCUUACCAAGUUUAACAGUUGUAUGUGCAAGGAAUAGAACUCCGUGACGCAAACAUUACUAAAGCUUUCUUGUGA